AUUGACCGGACGCGAACACUCGCGUUCUCUCGCGCGACCGGGCUAGCCGCUAGCCUCCCUCUGCUCCAUUCUCUCUCGCACGGUCCAGCCUCCCUGUGCUCCUCCAUCCCGUCGCGCCGUGAGGAGCUUUGCCGUCGUCCGUCGUCAGCAAGAUUUUGAGGAGAGAAGAACAAGAAUUUUGCAGCAAGACUUUGGCAGAAGAUGGAUAAGAAGCAACAAAUUUUAGUUUACACAGCUGCAUCCCAUAUGUUGCUUUCAAUGAUGGCCAUGGUUAUUCAAUCUAGAAAAAGAAAGCGUUGUGAAUCUGUAGAAACAAUUACAUAUGCUCCAAUUGAGGGGAGAGAUAGAAUGAGAAUUGAAUAUCUUAAUAAUAAGAUAUGGAAAAAUGAUGUAACUUGUGUUAGUAUGCUUAGACUCAAUAGAGCAUCCUUCUUCCGAUUUUGUAAAUUAUUUAGGGAUCGUGGCCUUUUGCAAGACACCAUACAUUUAUGUGUUGAGCAGCAGGUUGCGAUGUUUUUAAAUACUGUGGGCCACAAUAUUAGGAAUAGGUUAGUUGGCACCAAUUUUGAUAGGUCCGGUGAAACUGUUAGUCGCUAUUUCAACAAAGUACUUCACGCUAUUGGAGAGCUACGAAAGGAGUUUAUUAGGCCACCAUCUACAUCAACUCCAGCUAAAAUUGCAGGGAACCCAAGAUGGGAUCCUUACUUUAAGGAUUGUAUUGGUGCAAUAGAUGGCACACAUGUGCGAGCAUCUGUUCCUAAACACAUGGAGGCUUCCUUUCGUGGUAGAAAGAGUUAUGCUACUCAAAAUGUCAUGGCAGCAGUAGAUUUUAAUCUUCGAUUCACAUUUGUCUUGGCCGGUUGGGAGGGGACAGCUCAUGAUGCACUAGUGUUACGUGAUGCGUUAGAAAGAGACAAUGGUCUUCGUGUGCCUGAAGGCAAGUUCUACUUAGUCGAUGCCGGAUAUGGAGCCAAACCUGGAUUUAUGCCCCCUUUUCGUGGAGUACGAUACCACUUGAACGAGUGGGGAAAUAAUCCCGUGCAAAAUGAGAAAGAAUUAUUCAAUCAUAGACAUUCAUCUCUAAGAGUUUCAGUAGAGCGGGCAUUUGGUUCAUUGAAGAGAAGAUUUAAAAUUCUUGAUGAUGCUACACCAUUCUUCCCCUUCUCUACACAAGUAGAAGCUGUGGUUGCUUGUUGUAUUAUUCACAAUUGGGUUAUACAAGAUGGAGGUGACGACUUUAUCAUUCCUGAGAGUGAAGAAUUACCUACCAUUAAUCAUCAAACAUCUUCACAUGGACAAGCAAUAGAACAUGGCAUUAUGGAGACAAGUGGUGCAAAAGCUGGUGGUGGACUAUGUCAAUGGACACCAACUCAAUCCACAUUUGUUCUCACCUUUCUUAGCAACAUUGUUGCUGAUGGCACUAAAACCUCCACUGGCUUCAAGAAAGUUCAUCUCAAUGCUUGUGCUAAGGCUCUCAACGACCAUUUUAAGAUCAUAAGGACAGGCGAUCAAGUUGCUAAUCACUUGAAGACAUGGAAGAAGAAGUACAUUAGGAUCAACUACCUUAAGAAUUUGAGUGCUGCUCUUUGGGAUGAAAAUGAAUUCAUUGUUUCUCUUGAUCACGAGCACUACAAAGAACAUAUGGCGGACCCAAAAAACAAGGCUGAUGAUGAAUAUUUGAACAAGCAUCUUUCAUACUAUGGUUUUCUAGCUACAAUCUUUGGCAAUAGUGUUGCUACCGGUCAGUAUGCAAAGAGCUCUAAUGACCCACUUGGGAAUGAUGGGGUGAACAAUGGUGCUGAUGGCAAUGCAGAAAGUGGGGGGAUGAAUCAUGGGAUUGAUAAAAGUGUUGUCAAUGAUGAUGCAUCUUCAUCAGCUAAACCAGCUAAGAGAGCUAAGACUAUUGAUGAUAGCAGAAGAAAGACUGAUUGCUUGGUUGAAGCAUUUGAUCGUGGUAGCGAAAGGCUAACAAAGGCAAUUGAGAAAGCAAGCAAUGCUUUGCCAGAUGGUUUGUUUGAAGCGGUGGACAGUCUCCCAGGUUUUCAGCUUAACCACAAGUCUCGAUACUAUCAGUACUUGGUUAGGCAUCCUAAUGAUGCUCAUGCUUUCAUUAAUCUACCAUUCGAUUGGAAGUUAUCGUGGUUUUCAAAUUUCGUUGGUGAGAAUUUUUAG